CUGGAGCUCGGCUGAGUGAUCUGCUGACAACUUUAAAGCUUUGAAGCAGAUCUUCAAGCUUUUGACGAACUUCAAAAAAAUGGCUUCUUUUCACCGGAAAAUUCAUGACUUCUCUUCAAAAACACAUCUUAAAGCUCCCCAUUUCCUAGUAGUUAUUCCGAAGUCUAUUUGUACACAGACCAAACUUAGGAUUCCAAACAAAUUUUUUAGGAAAUAUGGAGAUGAUCUUUCGAAUCCAGUAUUUCUUAAGCUUCCAACUGGUUCAGAGUGGAAAAUAGAACUCAGAAUAUGGGAGGGUGAGGUCUGGUUCGGCGAGGGUUGGCCAAAGUUCUCGAAGUUUUGCUCUCUAGACUGCUGUCAUUCGUUAGUUUUCGGAUAUGAAGGGAAUUCAACAUUCCGCGUUAGUGUAUUUGACAAGGAUUUCACAGAGAUCAACUAUCCAUUGACAAUGCCCGAGAUGGAAGAAACCGAUGAAGAUGAUGAUUCCGACAAUAGUUCUUGGGAUGAUGAUGACGACUCUGAUUGUGUUGAAGUCUUGGACAACAUCAUGUCCCGCUCAAGAAAAACAAGGGACAAAUAUCCAUUGUCAUGUCCUCAGCCUCGUAAGAAGCACAGAACAAGUUCAACAGCUGAGUUUGCAUCCAAAAGACACGGUGAAGGCACGUCCAGCACUCCAAAACGAGCUCAAACAGUUCUUGGGAGGAUGCAUGCGUCGAAUGCAAGAGGAAAAGCUGCUGUAGCUCUUCGGAGAGCUACAGCUUUCAAAUCUGACAACCCUUCUUUCAUAGUUCCCAUGAAGCGCACUUAUAUCAAUGGAUAUUCUGUGUGGCUGCCUUCAAAAUUGUGUAUCCACAUGAGACGUCUCGGUAAGCAUCCUGGUGCCAUUACCCUUCGGGUUUUGGAUGGGGGAACUUGGUCUGUUGAAAUGAAAUGUGAAAAGGCAACCAGACCAAAACUCAGACUGCAGUAUGGCUGGACUGAAUUUGUAAGAGGCAAUAAUUUGGAAGUUGGUGAUGUGUGUGUACUUGUGUUGAUAGAUGACACUAAACUUGAGUUUGAAGUUGUCAUUUUUCGCGCCACAGAAACUGCACAUACAUUCUCACCACCAGAUGUUGACGGGGAACAAACAAUGUCCCAAAUGGAAGAAACUGAUGAAGAUGAUGAUUCCAUUGAAAUCUUGGACGAUUUUCCAACAUGCCCGAAAACAAAGAAGAAAUCACCAAUAGCACCACAGCCUCACAAGAAAAACAGAACAUGUUCAGUUAGCACAGCAGAAAACCGCAUAAAGAAAUUUGGUGGCUCGUCUUUGACUAAAAAAAUAAUGAACCGAAGAACUCUUCAAGUUCUUAGGAAGAUGAACCCAGUUACGGCACAUGGUACAAAUAGAGCCCUUCAGAGAGCAAAGGCUUUCAAAUCUGAAUACCCUUCUUGCACAGUUGUUAUGAGUCCCUCGUAUAUCCAUGCACAUUAUGUGUAUUUGGGAGCCAAGUUUACCAAGGAACACUUUCUUAAGUGGAAUUAUCAUCAAGUAAUCCUUCGUGUUUCGGAUGGAAGAACUUGGCCUGUCAAAUUAAGCAAACGUCAGAAAAACAUGGUCCGACUCCAGAAUGGUUGGAUUACAUUUGUGCAAGACAAUCAUUUGGAAAUUGGUGAUGUGUGUGUAUUUGCGUUGAUUAACAACAUCAAAGGUUUAAUGGAUGUUGUUAUUUUCCGCACUACAGAAGCUGCACGUUGGAACCUGUCACAAGACGUUGAUGGUGAAAAAACAAUGUCCGAAACUGAAGAAACUGAUGAAGAUGAUGGUUGUGUUGAAAUCUUGGACGAUUCUCCACCAUGCCUGAAAACAAAGAAAAAAUCACCAAUUGCAACACAGCCUCACAAGAAAAACAGAGCAGGUUCCAUUAGCACUUCAGAAAACCACAUGAAGAAGUUUGGUGGCUCGUCUUGUACUAAAGAAUUAGUAAAACGAAGACCUAAUCAGGUUCCUAGGAUGAUGAAUCCACUUACAGAAAGCGGAACAAAUAGAGCUCUUCAGAGAGCAAGGGCUUUCAAAUCUGAAUACCCUUGUUGCAUGGUUGUUAUGCGUCCCUCGUAUAUCCAGGCAAAUACUUUGAAUUUGGAAGCUAAGUUUGCCCGGGAACAUCUUCUAAACAGGACUCAUGAUAAUGUGAUUCUUCGUGUUUCGGGUGGAAGAACUUGGCCUGUCAAAUUACACCAAUAUAGCAAAACUGUACUGAAAUUCCAGAGUGGCUGGAUGACAUUUGUGCAAGACAAUGGUCUGGAAAUCGGUGAUGUGUGUGUUUUCAUGUUGAUCAAUAAUACCGAACAUUUAAUUGAUGUAGUCAUUUUCCGCGGUAGAGAAACUGCUGAUUGCACCUUUUCACCAGGGAAAGCAAUCAAUUUCCAAGGAUCAGUUCAAGUCGAAAAAUAAGAAAGUAGCCGGAUGGAUGUAGUUGUUGAAGCUGAGUAUUUCACCACGAAUACUACCAAACAUGAAUCUGAAUAUUGAAGGCAGAUGAAAAAAGGCCUGCAAAUUUAAUGAUGCCCAUGUCCUCCACUUGUUAUUUUGAUCACCCUCAUAAAGGGCAUCAUCCUAAGAACCUCUUUUGUUGUUAUGAAUUUCAACUUCAUCUUGAACCCUACAUUUUGGAUGUCAUAGUUAUGAGAUAUGUUGUCUUUGUGCUUAA